CCUACUAAGUUUAGGUUAUUUGGAGGUCCUUUCUAUACCCAUUUCUGCCCACGAGUGAACUCUUGGUCAUAAUUUGUUUUUCUGGCCAGAAGACUGAAGGACAUGUCCCUCUUCUCAGAGAGUGGUCCCAGACGGCAGGGUUCUGGUGGGACGCGGCGAUCCAGCCCCCGCAGGAUGUCUGACCCAUGUCUGGUGUGUCUCCUGAGCCUGGCCCUCUGCCUGACCCUGUCUUCCUGUCAGCGGGCCGACCUCAGCGGGAAACACCCCAUGGUCACCACGGGCUAUGGCAAGCUGCGCGGCGUCAGGAAGGAGCUCAACAACGAGAUCCUGGGGCCCGUGGAGCAGUACUUGGGCGUGCCCUAUGCCACCCCGCCCAUCGGUGAGCGUCGCUUCCAACCCCCUGAGGCACCAGGUUCCUGGCAGGAGAUCCGCAACGCCACCCAGUUUUCCCCUGUAUGCCCGCAGAACGUACACGGGGUGCUGCCUGAGAUUAUGCUGCCGGUGUGGUUCACUGACAACCUGGAUGCUGCAGCAGGCUACGUUCAGAACCAGAGUGAGGACUGUCUGUACCUCAAUGUCUACGUGCCCACUGAGGAUGGUCCACUCACAAAAAAACACGAUGAGUCUACAAUGAACAAACCGAGGGAUGAAGAUAUCCGUGACCGUCGGAAGAAGCCGGUGAUGUUGUUCAUCCAUGGCGGCUCCUACAUGGAGGGGACGGGAAACAUGUUCGACGCCAGCAUCCUCGCAGCCUACGGCAACGUCAUCGUGGUCACCAUGAACUACCGUCUGGGCGUGCUCGGGUUUCUGAGUACCGGGGACCAGUCAGCCAAGGGGAACUAUGGUCUGUUGGACCAGAUCCAGGCUCUACGUUGGCUCAAUGAGAACAUUGGCCAUUUUGGAGGAGACCCAGAGAGGAUCACCAUCUUUGGCUCCGGCGCCGGAGCCUCCUGUGUCAAUCUGCUCAUCCUCUCCCACCACUCUGAGGGGCUGUUCCAGAGGGCCAUAGCCCAGAGCGGCUCAGCCAUCUCCAGCUGGUCGGUCAACUACCGGCCCCUUAUGUACACCAAGAUCCUGGCUAAGAAGGUAGGCUGCAGCUACGGGGACACAGGCGACCUGGUGGAGUGUCUGAGGAGGAAGAGCUUCAGGGAGCUGGUGGACCAGGACAUCCAGCCGGCCAGGUAUCACAUCGCCUUCGGCCCCGUGGUGGAUGGAGACGUGGUUCCCGACGACCCCGAGAUUCUCAUGCAACAGGGGGAGUUCCUGAACUAUGACAUCCUGCUGGGGGUGAACCAGGGAGAAGGGCUUAAGUUUGUGGACGACAGUGAGGGGGAUGAUGGGAUCUCUGCAGCUUCCUUCGACUACACCAUCUCCAACUUUGUGGACAACCUGUAUGGAUACCCUGAGGGUAAGGACAUCCUGAGGGAGACCAUAAAGUUCAUGUACACAGACUGGGCCGACAGGGACAAUGGAGACAUGAGGAGGAAGACCCUGCUGGCACUGUUCACAGAUCACCAGUGGGUGGCGCCAGCGGUGGCCACAGCCAAGCUGCACGCUGAGUUCCAGUCUCCUGUCUACUUCUACACCUUCCACCACCACUGCCAGACGGAGGCCCGGCCAGAGUGGGCGGACGCGGCCCACGGGGAUGAGCUGCCCUACGUGUUUGGGGUCCCCAUGGUGGGAGCCACCGACCUGUUCCCCUGUAACUUCUCCAAGAAUGACGUCAUGCUCAGCGCUGUGGUCAUGACGUACUGGACCAACUUUGCCAAGACCGGGGAUCCCAACCUGCCUGUACCCCAGGACACUAAAUUCAUCCACACCAAGCCCAACCGCUUUGAGGAGGUAAUCUGGACCAAGUUCAGCUCCAAGGACAAGCAGUACCUCCACAUUGGCCUGAAGCCCCGCGUCAGGGACAACUACCGGGCCAACAAGGUGGCCUUCUGGCUGGAGCUGGUGCCUCACCUGCACUCCAUGCAUGAGGACAUCUACCCCAUCACCACCCGCCUGCCGCCUGGAGGAGGAGGUCCCCGCGUCCACCGACCUGGCCCCCCUGGGGCACGCUCCACCCGCCACCCCAUCAUCUCCACCAACCCCCCCGAACCCGAGCCAGACCCCUCCGAGCCGCCCCGCCGCAACCCGUUCCCCGACGAGAUAAGGGACUACUCCACGGAGCUGAGUGUGACAGUGGCGGUGGGCGCCUCGCUGCUCUUCCUCAACGUGCUGGCCUUCGCAGCCCUCUACUACAAACGGGACAAACGCCACGAGCUGCUGCAGAGACGCCACCGCCGCUUGUCCCCGCAGCGCGGCAUGGGCACCACCCUGGGAGGGGUGGGCGCCCCGUCCCACAACGACCUGGCGCUGAGCCAGGAGGAGGAGCUCAUGUCCCUGCAGAUGAAGCAGCAGAGGGUGGAGAUGGAGCACGGCAUUGGCACGCCCCUCCCUUCCCGGGGUCUCCACGGCGACCUGGAGCCUCUACGGGCGCAGGUGGGCCCACCAGACUACACGCUGGCCCUGCGGCGGGCACCGGAGGACGUGCCGCUGAUGACGGCCAACACCAUUACCAUGAUCCCAAGCACCAUCAGCGGCAUGCAGCCCCUCCACCCUUUCAACACCUACCCCCCCGCCCCGCCCCCCCCCACCACCCCUACCCCUGGCCACAGCAACAACGCCCUGCCACACCAACACUCCACCACCCGCGUAUAGGACCAGGCACAACCUGUGGUUCAGCAGAGAUACAAACAAACACCACAGAUGGAUCCCCUCCUGUUCUUUCUCUCACUGGGAUUAUCCUCCGCUUUUUCCUGGGACUCUUUUUCUGUUGCUUUUUUCUUUUUUUCUCUCUCUCUGUUGUUCUGUUCUCUGUCAAUCUCCCCGUGAGGCUGUGCUGUCGCCCCCUACCGUUGGGACACAUGGCUCAGUCUGACUCAGGCUGUGGACUGCUGGGACAAAUCAUUACACCCAUCAUUACAACUAACACAACUCUAUCACACAUCCUCCAACCUGUUCAUAUGUCUGUACAAUCUGUGUGUUUCACUCUCUUCCUCUCUCUCACUCUGUCUAUCUUCCUCUCUCUCUCAACCCAUAUUACUUCUUCUCUGACUCCCACUCACUUUCUCUUCCUGUCUGUUCCUGUGGUUCUUGAUCGCAACGUUCACACAAUCCUCCCCAGUCUCAUUUUCGUCCUCCUUUCUCUCUCAAAUAAACCUCUUCAUGACUCCUUUUUUCCUCUUUGGAGUCUUUUAUACAAACUCAUAAAUGUAAAUUAUGUAUUAUUGAUAAAUUGUAAGGAUAUGAAUGAAAAAGGUGGUUAUUCUGAUAUCUCGUUUUUACCAGCAUUCUUGGUGCCAAGAACUGUGAUAACGCUCCUCUCUCAAUGAGGGUCCAACGGACCACCAGGAGAGGCCCAUCCUGACUUGAUCUUACACAAGGAAUUACCAUCAAAAAAGUGCCAAAUGUUUCAUCUUUCUUUUUGAUCUAUCGCACUUUGUUUUUCGUUUUUUUCUUGCAUUCAGUGUUGCACUGUGGCUGUGCUUUACUCAAGGGGGAAAAGACUGAAUAUAUCCUUGUAAAAAUAUAUAAAGAGAAUAUUAAGAUUCAUAACUGGUUUGCUGUCUGGGAUCUUUUGCAUGAUUUUUUUUUUUCUCUCUCUAAACGGAGCACGGACAUCGGAGUGGAAAGUGUGUUUGUUUUUACGUUUGGCCUUGUUUUCUUACUGUUGUUUUCUUUUCUUCUUGAAAAGUCAUUUCUUUUUGUUUUUCUAUAUCUGCUGAUCUUUGUGCACUUCAUGACGGAAACUAUGUUCUAUUCUGUAGAUACUUCAAAAGAGGUAUCAGGGGAUGAAUAUUGACUAUGAUUAGAUCAAGAAGAACAAAUAUGUCCUUUCUUUUUUCUUCCAUUUCUUAUCACCGAGGCUGUGCCACGAGCACCUGCUGCCCUGAGAGACUGUUUGAAGCCCUGUCUCACCCACCCCCCACCCUCUCUUUUUAGUUCACUCUUUCUCUCCUUACUUCAGCUGUGAAGUGUUGCACGGUCAUCGCGUUACCGUCUCAACUGAAGAUUGUCUUUGAUCAUUCCUCUGUAAAAAAAUAUAUAUAUUGUUGGACUUUACCACUCCGUCAGCUUGCAGUGUUUAUCCAUGAUAGGCCAAUACCCGUUUUUCAAUCGUGAAAAUGUCAUAUUUCACGUGAAUUGCCUCAAUGGUAAAAAUGGAUAUAAUUCUAAAUAUUUUCCUGGAAAUGAGGGUCGUCUUUGAACAAUUAUCUUAGUUUUAAGCACUCUUAUCCUCUCCUCAGUGGACUUUUAGCUGCGUGCUACAGGGUUUCUGGAUACUGGAUAUGUCAGUCUUUUCAUCUCUUCUGUUGUUCUGAGAUUCUCUCUGUUGUUGAGGGGCAGGGGGUAUGAAGGGGGCUCAGACUGACAUACUGUAGGUCAAAGGUGGAAAAAACCUUGUACGGCACGUUUCAGAUCUUUCAACUGCACAACUGAACACAGGGACACGUCAAACUCUGGACAUUCGUGAGAAACAAAAACUGUUACCGAAGUAGAGACGGCGUGAGGAAAACAUUGACGUUGAAAACGACAAUGGCAAUGGAGAGACUAAUCAUCAGCAGCAUCACCUGACGUGUCGCCGAGAGACAGAGGACACAUUCUGGAACUGGAGUAGAAAAACAUUUGAUAAACAUUAACUCACAUGUAACACAAACAACACACCUAGUGGGAUGUUUUUCCUGUUUUGUUUCCUGUCUUGUUUUGGGAUGAUGAUGAUGAUCACACUCCGAGGUUAUAGACUGGGGUCCAUCACAGGGGACUGGACAGAGAACCGGGACUCAGAAAAAGAACAAAACACACAUAGAAAACAAACUGUAAAAAAAAUGUUAAAGUGUAAGAGAACAAACUGGUAUUUGUAAAUAUUAUGUUUAUGGUUUGGUUUAUAAGUGAAGGGCCAAAUCUUUCCUUUGUGACAACAGGUGCAAGUUCAGACGUCUAAUUUGAGCUCUUGUUGUUUGAUUUUAUUUCAUAUCUUAGAUUUUCAAGGUCAAAGUGCAACAAGUUAUGGGCACAUAUAGACAGUUAUUAACAUACAUGAAUGAUCUGUGAAUGAAAACUACAUCUAAAAUCCUAGCAUGGUUGAGUUCAACAUAAAUAGCAGUGGGGACAGGGAUAUGGCUCAGGUUUCUCUAGGGUAGGAGGGACAUACUGGACGUGGGUGGGGUUCUGGGGGUCGGUCGGCAUUACUUGCACAUUUUGUCAACUGCCACAUCAAUCACGAAGACAGCUUUUGUCUGGAAUGACAAUUCAUUUAAGAGGAGUUAUUUUGCAUCUGUUAAGUGGCCAAUGGUAAGAGCUGCAGAGAGAGCAGAUUCAGAGAGAAAAUAUGGAUACAGAGAGAAAGGAAAAAGGGAGAGACUGAAGGAAAGAAAGGCAGUGACAAUGGUAGAUAUGCAGUGAUAAUGGUAGAUAUGCAGUGAUAAUGGUAGAGGACGGCAGUGAUAAUGGUAGAGGAAAGCAGUGAUAAUGGUAGAUAUGCAGUGAUAAUGGUAGAGGAAGGCAGUGAUAAUGGUAGAGGAAGGCAGGGAUAGUGGUAGAGGAAGGCGGUGAUAAUGGUAGAUGUAGAGGAAGGCAGGGAUAAUGGUUGAUAUGCAGUGAUAAUGAUGGAGGUAGAGGAAAGUAGUGAUAAUGGUAGAGAUAGGCAUGGUUUGAAACUGUGCCCCACCCAAACCUACAAAACAAGGGAACUUUAAUCUUGAUAGUGGUGCUGUUGGUAAUUGUUAGUGACACUCACUGUCCUGGGAAGUGACAUUAGUAUUGCCGAAUAGCUUAGAGCAGGUACAGUUGGUGUCAACACCUUCAGUCAGUACUCUUCAGUAUUGUUUCAGACUCUGAUGGUUGUGGCUGCUUUGCUAUCCUUUACUAUAAUGUCUGCCAUGCACACUGUUUAAGUCAUUUUCUGGAAUAUCAGCUCACCUGUUUGCUGUCCAUUUGAGAUGCCCAUGUUUCCAAAAAAAAGAAGAAAGAAAAGGCAGUAUUUUUCUAUUUUAAAAAUUAUGACUGAAAUUUGGAAACCGGGGAUAUGACAGCCAACAGACUGGAAGCACACUCUCACCUGUUUCCACGGUGACACUAAGUCUGGCGUUGGCUCAAUGUUACAAACAAAACAACAUUGCAAAGAUGCAAAUCUCUACUUUUCCAAGGUUCGCGCUGGGUUGCCGAAAAAGACUUGCACCUGUUUGUGUCAGUUUUCAUUUAGUCUGGAAUCCGUAACCUAUUGGAGGAUUGAGACACUGUAAGGAAGCAUAACGAACGGGUUUAAAGAAUGACGUUAACAUUUCAUAUAGAGGCUAUGACACACUGUAUGUUGUGUGUCUGAACUGGAGAACAUUAAAAAGAUAUCCUUAAACAAA